GGCCAUAUCUUUUCAAUAAUGAUUAAAUACUUAAGCCCUCCUCUCAGAAUAGGCCCGACUUGUCUUUAGGAUACCUUGUAAGCUGUUGUCUCUGUUCAUCAAUGAUUUAAGAUACUUGGAAGGUUCCUGAUGUUAUCCUGCCAACUAUGUGCCCUGGAGAAAGAGAUAGUUUGUGAAUAUGAAACCUUAUAAUGGCUUCUGGCCUUUGCUCUCCAGGUUGGAGCUGCCCUGGGUGAGCUGCUGCAGUCUUUAGCCAAGCAUGCUGUGGUCGGAUCUGCCUAGCCGUGGAACAGAAACAUUUGCUGGAUGGAAAAUCCAUAAAAGAAAGCUUCUGUGAAAUACUGAGACGACAACUUCAGCAAAAAGCUAACCAUCUCACCAUUUCCUGAGUACUUGGGAGCUGCCGAGGUCCCUGCUAAUGUGCUGACUGUCACUAUGGGCAGAUGGUACCCGGAGGCUUCCUGUCAUCCAGGCAGCUCAUAUUGCAAGCUAUAACGUAUUUCCUGCACCACUGCUGACACCCAGUGACCCAUGUCAGAAGUACUUCCAGCUGACUCGGGUGCUGACACCUUGGCAGUGUUUAUGGCCAGCAGCGGAACCACAGACAUCGCAAAUCGCAGCAGCCCAGUCACACCACCAAACACCCUUAAUCUCCGUUCCUCUCAUAAUGAACUGUUGAACGCUGAAAUAAAGCACUCCGAUGCCAAGAACAGCACACCUCCCAAAUGCAGGAAAAAAUAUGCACUAACUAACAUCCAGGCGGCUAUGGGCCUCUCAGAUCCCGUGGCGCAGCCCCUGCUGGGAAAUGGCUCCGCUAACAUCAAGCUGGUGAAAAAUGGGGAGAACCAGCUCCGGAAGGCUGCUGAGCAGGGGCAGCAAGACCCCAACAAAAACAUCAGCCCUGCUGCAGUCAUCAACAUAACUUCUGAGAAGUUAGAGGGGAAAGAGCCCUGUGCCCAGGAGCCCUUGGGCUGUGAGAUUUUACCCUCCCAGCCCAGGAGAACUAAGAGCUUCCUCAAUUACUAUGCAGAUCUGGAAACCUCAACCCGAGAACUGGAGCAGAACCUGGGCAACUGCCAAGGAACUGAGGAAGACAAGGUCCAGCCGGGCCAGGGCCAGGCUCCUGCCAUCAUCGGGAAUGGAGACUUGCUACUGCAGAAACCAAGCAAACCCCAGUCUAGUCCAGAAGAUGGCCAGGUAGCCACCAUAUCAUCCAGCCCGGAGACCAAGAAGGAUCACCCUAAAACGGGGGCCAAAACCGACUGUGCACUCCACCGGAUCCAGAACCUGGCCCCGAGUGAUGAGGAGUCAAGCUGGACAACACUGUCCCAUGACAGCGCCUCCCCCAGCACCCCAGAUGAAGCAGAUAUCUGGAGUGAUCACUCAUUUCACACAGAUCCGGAUCUUCCGCCUGGCUGGAAAAGAAUCAGUGACAUUGCUGGUACCUAUUACUGGCACAUCCCAACAGGAACUACUCAGUGGGAGCGGCCUGUCACCAUCCCAGCAGAUCUUCAGGGUUCUAGGAAAGGGUCUCUUAGCUCUGUAACGCCAUCUCCCACCCCAGAGAAUGAGAAACAGCCAUGGAGUGAUUUUGCUGUUCUGAAUGGGGGAAAGAUUAAUAGUGACAUUUGGAAGGAUUUGCAUGCAGCCACAGUUAACCCAGAUCCUAGUUUAAAAGAAUUUGAAGGAGCAACACUACGCUAUGCAUCUCUGAAACUCAGAAAUGCCCCUCAUGCUGACGAUGAUGAUUCUUGUAGUAUCAACAGUGACCCAGAAGCCAAGUGUUUUGCUGUGCGCUCUCUGGGGUGGGUAGAGAUGGCAGAGGAGGACCUCGCCCCAGGUAAAAGCAGCGUGGCUGUCAACAAUUGCAUCAGGCAGCUUUCGUACUGCAAAAACGACAUCCGUGACACGGUUGGCAUCUGGGGAGAGGGCAAAGACAUGUACCUGAUCCUGGAGAACGACAUGCUCAGCCUGGUGGACCCCAUGGACCGCACCGUGCUACACUCCCAGCCCAUCGUGAGCAUCCGCGUGUGGGGCGUGGGCCGAGACAACGGCCGAGAGAGGGAUUUUGCUUAUGUAGCAAGAGACAGAGACACAAGGAUUUUGAAAUGUCAUGUAUUUCGAUGUGACACACCAGCAAAAGCCAUCGCCACAAGUCUCCACGAAAUCUGUUCCAAGAUUAUGGCCGAACGGAAGAAUGCCAAAGCCCUGGCCUGCAGCUCCCUACAGGAGAGGACCAACGUGAAUCUUGAUGUUCCCUUGCAAGUAGAUUUUCCAACACCAAAGACUGAGCUGGUCCAGAAGUUCCACGUGCAGUACCUGGGCAUGUUACCUGUAGACAGGCCAGUUGGCAUGGAGACCCUGAACGGUGCCAUAGAAAGUCUGAUGACCUCAUCUGACAAGGAGGAUUGGCCAUCAGUGAACAUGAAUGUGGCCGAUGCCACGGUGACAGUCAUCAGUGAGAAGAGUGAAGAGGAGGUCCUGGUGGAGUGCCGAGUGCGAUUCCUGUCCUUCAUGGGCGUCGGGAAGGAUGUCCACACGUUUGCCUUCAUCAUGGACACCGGGAGCCAGCGCUUUGAGUGCCACGUGUUCUGGUGCGAGCCGAAUGCCGCCAAUGUGUCCGAGGCAGUCCAGGCCGCCUGCAUGUUACGCUAUCAGAAGUGCUUGGUGGCCAGGCCGCCUUCACAGAAAGUCCGACCACCUCCUCCACCAGUGGACUCAGUGACCCGAAGAGUCACAACCAAUGUAAAGCGAGGAGUCUUGUCCCUCAUUGACACUUUGAAACAGAAACGCCCGGUCUCGGAGAUGCCAUAGCUGCACACAUUCAAGGACUCUGGCGUCCCCCUGAGGAUUGAAGAGUUACACUAAAGAAAAGGACCUGCGCCCAGCCUUCCAUUCAGUUGCUGAUGCUUUGUCUCCAGAGAGUUUAUCUGUACCCAAACAGUGUUAGACAAGCAUGUUCUCUGUCUUGCUACCACCAUGUGAUAUGAAAAGAAGCAUGAAUACUUUUUUUUGCUGUAAGUUACAUCAUGAGCAGUGGAAGGUCUUUUUCUUGUUGUACAUAUCAUGGUCUUGGCUUCACACACAGAGAAAGACGCCCGCCUGCGUCCUUGGAGUCAACACUGCCAGAGUCGUUUCUCGGCUUCUCGGCUGAUCUGUGAGGAGCAGCCUCCGGCCUGCAGCACCUUGCCCAUUUUCAGCCUUGGGAACACAGUGCACUGCAGAGUGGAUGCCACUGAAGUGCUGUAAACAUAGGAUGGGUUUUAGUUUUCCAUAAAAUUGAAACUUGUUGGUUGACAAAAUCGGCUGUUGGCGUCAGUGUAGAAAUAAGCGAGCCGCUUUCCUUGGCGAGCUUUGACAGGCAGACACCAUUUCAUAUCGACUGCCGUCGGUGGGAAGUUGUGGGGGGAGUAAAACUUUAAAAUUAACGAGAAACUAAAUUUGAGGAAUUAAAAUCAAACAAAAAAGAGCCUUUUCAGGUGGUUUUCAAACUGAUUAUUUUAAAAAGAUGAACAAGAUCCUAAUGCAUUUUGGGUGGGACAUAUUUCAGACUUCUGCCUUACACUGUAUGAUGCCGCUAGAGAAUUAUAGUUCACUAUGGUCAUUCUCUGCACAAACACUAGGUGAAAUAUUCCUCAUGGUCUCUCAUCCUUAGUUUGAUAACUAGCCAAUAUGCAAUUUGGAGUCGAGGAAAUGUCAUUCAUAUCUCUGUCGCACACUGUUGUUUUAGAUUUGUGUCACCACGUUAUUUUUGUUGGUCCACUUCCUAGAGGUAAAUCUGCUAGAAUCUGGCUCAUUUUUAUUCCAAUGCUUUUUGUCCAGAAAGUUGUCUGUCUGUUACAUAUUGUCCAUGGCAACAGAUUACAUUUAGUUGAAACUUUCUUGAAUUUAUGUAUUUAAUAUUAGAAUUUGUUGAAUCCAGCAGGAUAUAUUUUAAAACAUAUUUUUCCACUUUAUUCUCAAGACUUAAAUAUUUCACAUCAGAGUGAAGUAUUCAUAGGAAAGAUGGCCUAUUUAACGGUUUCCCAAAAAUAGCAUUUCCCUGCUUUUUAUGUGGAUAAGAAACUUAGCUAUAAAGAUAUACAAAUUUAGACUCCUGUUGACGUUGUUUUAAAAGGAAGUUGCUAAGGAGAUCAAUCUCAACAUUAGUCUUGUUUACUUUGUAAUGUCAAAAUUAGUGUUUAUGACAACCAGUCAUAAAAGGUAAUGGUUUAUGUUUUUACACAGCUUUGUACUUUGUCAAGAUGGUUUCUACAUCCUUAUCACAUUUGAGCCUUAUAUGGUAGAAAAGGUACUAAACACACUGGAGAAAUAAAAUACGAAGUACCAAGAGGCUAAAUCCAUUGGCCUAAGAUCUCACCAAAGCUCGUGAGGGCCAGAAGCAGGACCCACACACCCACCUCCAGCUCUUGCUGUCUUAUUCCCCUCCACCCUUGUCAGGAAGACUGUUCCCAGUGACUCUGGGCAUCUGCAAGAGCAGACAUGAAAGCACACACUGUCAGGCAGUCUCAGAACCCCCUGCAGAGGCAGGGAAGCCUGUUCAUGUUACUCGGGCAGUGGUAUCAAAUCCCUCACCGCCGCCCUCGCUGUCCAGGACUGCUUGCUGUUGCACACCUGAAAUAUGCUGGAGAGGACCGGGCAUUCACAUUCGGUACAGCCUGUUCCGACCUGAGGUUUCCAGAGGGCACAGUCCUUGUGGUAGAGGCAUUCCUCACUGAUGGCCCUUACCCACCAGAGAACAUGAGUAGGAGGCCUCUGUCUGCCAUGGAUGGGGCACAGCAGGGCUGGGGGUGUUUGCUGGCACCCUGAUGUCAAAA